AUGAAUAUUCCUCAAGCAUCUUCUAGUAAUUGGAAUAAACUUAUGGAGCUAAGGGGUGUGGCUAGGUCAAUAAUCAAAAUAAAGGUUGGAUGUGGUUCACAAACCUUCUUUUGGGAUGACAAUUGGCUUCAAGGUGGGCCUCUUACCUUCAGAGCAACCCCCGAUUUCAUCCGCGACUCACAUAUACCAGCUAAACAAAAGCUCUCUACAUUCUCUUCAAACAACCAUUGGGAAUUCCCAAUUGUAGUCACUCAACAAUUCCCAGACCUUCUACUCCUCGAUCCGCCUUGCAAUUCACCUGAUAAAGUAGAGUGGAUUCCCUCACCAACUGGUGUAUUCUCGCUUACCAAUACAGUGACUUGGUUAGCACCUCAUCAUCAACCGCGGCCGUGGAAUCACUUGGUAUGGAACUCCUUCUCCAUCCCACGAUGCAAAUUCAUCUUGUGGCUUGCUGUGCAGAAGCGGCUACCUACAAAGGAUAGAAGAUGUAUGCAGUCCUUUCCGGAUCUAAACUCUGCCUCCUCUACCAAUCAGUUGAUGAAUCGCAUAACCACCUGUUCUUUUCGUGCUUGA